AUGGUUCACAAGAUUACCUUCGAUAUUGAAAACCGAACUCCCUUCUACCUCAUUCCGAACGGGCAGUUUGCUUUUUGGGGCAACACCAAUUCCGGGCCUGAGACUAUCAAACCUUACAGCAUUGGCUCAGGUGCAAUUUGGAUCGCCAUACUUGGCAGUGAUCCGGACUGGAGCGCCGAAGCUAACAGUGCUCGUGUCGCCAUGUCUACUAAACCACUCACAAUGGACAAGGAUCUCUACAGCUACAUGUACUCUUCCAAUGUCACUAACCUGACCCUGCCAACUCCCAAUGGGCACAUCAAUCUGACUUGCAGCAUCGGCAGCGAUGACGAUACUACUGCCCUUUUCACAUUGACCUUCUAUAAAGGCACUGGUGUUACAUACGAGGCUCUCGGAGUUGUCGUACCUGAGGAGAAGUAA